CCCACCCCACCCGGUGCGCAGUGUCCGACCAGGGGGGGGACGACACCCAACAUUGCCAGUUCUCUUCCUCAGAAAGGACCACACGCUUUACUGCGCAUUGGAAGCGUCGUUCAGUGAUACUGGUGUUAAGAAACAGUUGACGGGUCGUUGUAAGUCGCUUCUCCCGGAUCGAGACAAAAAGUGAUGGUUGAAUUGUGACGAAGUUGCUCUUGCGCCAAGACUUGGGUAGUGUGGUUUAUCAAGGACGGUGAAGGGACGUUCGGGUCCUGCAGGACACCAGCGAGGGUGAGAGGCGCCGCAUGGUUCAGUGGUGACUGUGGGACCUGAAGGAGCUCUGAGAGCACUCGCCAACUUCACACGAUGCCUCACGGAGAGUAUUGCGCCUCUCGUAUCAGAGGCUUGUCAGUGAGGGAUAUUCGCUUCCCGACCUCGCUACAGUCAGACGGAUCUGAUGCCAUCCACCCGGACCCGGACUACUCGUGUGCCUACGUCGUCCUCUUCACCGACACCAACUUCAAGGGACACGGCCUCGCCUUCACCAUAGGCCGAGGCACCGAGCUGGUGGUGGCGGCGGUGAAGUCCCUCUCGCACCUGGUGGUCGGCAAGAAGCUCGAUGACAUCUACGAUGACUUCGCUGCCACUUGGAGGUCCCUGACUUCGGAGUCCCAGCUGAGAUGGGUUGGGCCGGAGAAGGGCGUGAUUCACCUGGCAGUGGCGGCGCUGGUCAACGCCCUCUGGGACCUGUGGGCGCGGGUACAACACAAGCCUCUCUGGAAGCUCCUGGUCGACAUGGAGCCGGAGGAACUCGUCUCUACCAUUGACUUCAGAUACAUUGAGGAUGUGCUGAGCAGGGAGGAGGCCAUAACCAUGUUGGAGGAGAUGAAGCCAGGGAAGGAAGGACGUGAGGAGAGGAUGAUCAAACGUGGCUACCCGGCCUACACCACUAGUGCAGGAUGGCUCGGGUACUCGCAGGAGAAGAUCGAAGGGCUGCUGAAGGAGAACCUGUCGCGAGGGUGGCGACACUUCAAGAUCAAGGUCGGGCAGGACUUGGAGGACGACAAGAGGAGGUGCAAAAUCGUCAGGGACAUUAUUGGCCAAGAUAAUACCAUGAUGGUGGACGCCAACCAGAAGUGGGGCGUGGACGAGGCUGUAGCCUGGAUGAAGGAACUCGCCCCCUACAAGCCUCUGUGGAUUGAGGAACCCACCAGCCCUGACGAUGUUCUUGGUCACGCCACUAUAGCUAAGGCCCUGGAGCCCCUGGGUAUUGGGGUGGCGAGCGGGGAGAUGUGCCAGAACCGGGUGAUGUUCAAGCAGAUGUUCCAGGCCGGAGCCCUCCGGUACUGCCAGAUAGACGCCUGCAGGACCGGCGGCGUCAACGAGGUCCUCGCUAUCUACCUUAUGGCCAAGAAGUUCAAGGUGCCGGUGUGCCCCCAUGCUGGAGGUGUGGGGCUGUGUGAGAUGGUUCAGCACCUGCAGAUGUGGGAUUACAUCAGCGUGUCGGGCACCACUAAGGAGCGCAUCAUAGAGUACGUCGACCAUCUCUCCCAGCACUUCAAGACGCCCAUAAAGGUCCACAACUGCCACUAUCUCGCUCCUAAGGUUCCCGGGUACAGCGUGGAAAUGUGGGAGAGGAGCUUGCAGGCCUACGAGUACCCAUAUGGCUCAGAAUGGAACAAGAUGUUUGCGGAGGGAACAUUCAAGGACCCAAGAGCCACCCCUCCACCCUGGGUCGAACACAGACAGGAUGGCGAUAUUACCCAUCGUUGACUGUUAUCUUGAGGGGGUGUUAGGGUUUGGUUGCCGUGCUGCUUUGGUCAUUAAUGUCAUAGUUCUACUGUCACUGGAGCUGAUGUCAGUGUACCGCUGAUGUCACAGUGCCGCUGGGGGUCACUAAUGCCAGAAUGCUGCUGGGGCCAUAGAUAUAGUGCAGCUUGUGUCAUUGAUGUCACUGUGCUGCAUGGGGACCACUGAUGUCAUAGUGUAAAUGGGGUCAUUUGGUUGAGUGAAUGUAAAAUUAAAACAUAGCACAUUUAUUUAAUUGUAUAUUACUUUUAAGAUUUGCUGUACACAUUAGUUGUUAGUUUAAGUAAUGCUAGCUACAAUUUUCCUAUUUGUUUACAUAAAUUUACAACAGUGUGUGUUUACAUGGAACUGUUUUGGUUACCAUAUUGUGUUAAUUACCAGUAAUUUCCAAGAUGUUAAUAUUGUCGACUUUUCUUUAUAUUUUGAUCUCCGACCUAUUGCCAAACCUCGAUUUAUAGUUGUGUGUGUUUUGCCCGAUGCAAACAUCUCAACACUCGGGUCCUGUACAAGACAUCUUUUUGGUAACCACAUUUGGCACGAGUCAUUCGGCGUCUUAUUCUUGACAGACGGGAGUUGUGAAGACGCUAAGUUGGAGAAAAUGCAUUCUAUAGGUUGAGCAACAGACCGAGAGACGUUGCAUUUCUUCUGUGGUGGGAAGGCUGCAUGUAUGGCACUUCGUCGGGUUCAUAAUAUUUAAGACUUUCUAGAUAUGUGGUUCUGUCUUGAAUAUUGUCUUCCAGUGCAGUUAAGAUUGGGUGGGACAGGAAUGCCAAUAUUUUGGCAAGUGAACUCCAUGACAGAUGGAUUUCCAGUUUCUUUGUGAAUCGGCCUUUCCUAUCGCUCGUCUUAUGCACUUUUGCUCUCGUAUUGGCCCAUCUUGGUGACAUCUCGGGCCUCUCGGAUAUCCUGAAACUUUAAUGGUUACCGAUGGUGCUACAUAUGCUCCCCAGCUUGGCACCUUCUUUUGUUAUUUACUUCGUUUCAUUGUGUUAAAGACCCUUCAGCAUCCAGAUGUUGCAAGAAAAAUGCCAAUUUUCUAGUGCAUAUUACUGCAACAUCAUUUGUAUUUGAAUUAAGAUAAGUUUUCAACAAUCUCAAUGACUAAUAUAUUAAUAAAUGAAUAAUUUACA